UUAAUAGCUUGCUCCGUUGCUCGCUUCCCCUCCAAAAACCCAAUAAAAAACGCACCUUUCCCUCCCUUCCCUUCCCUUCCCCCCACCCUCCCUCGAUCCCCUCGCCGGAAAGAUCCGAUCCCGUCCGCGUCCCACGCAGGCAAGCGGAGUCUCCCCGCGGCGGAGCAGCGCAGAGGGCGGAGGAAAUGUCGCGCCUGCCUUGAUCAACGCACGCGCGCGCUGCGACCGGGGUAGCUUUCUUGGCCGGAGGAGAUGGGCUGCUUCUCGUGCUUCGACUCCCCCGCGGACGAGCAGCUCAAUCCCAAGCCCGGCGGCGGCGCAGACCGGUAUGGAGGCUCGUCCUCGGCUGCGGCGGCGUACGGCGGCCGGCACGGGGACAGGGGGUACCCGGACCUGCAACAGGCGCCCAUGGCGGCGCCGCGCGUCGAAAAGCUCUCCGCAGGUGCGUUCCCUGCGCUGGCUGGCGGUUGAGAAAGCGAGGGGGAAGAGCAAUGCGCUCGCGAGAGAGGUUUCUGCGCAAAAGGAUGCCAAUGGCAAUGUCAUCUCGGCGCAGACUUUCACAUUCCGCGAGCUCGCCACUGCCACAAGGAACUUCAGGCCCGAGUGCUUCCUGGGCGAGGGAGGGUUUGGACGCGUUUACAAGGGCCGUUUGGAGAGCACAGGCCAGGUUGUUGCUAUAAAGCAGCUUAAUAGGGAUGGGCUUCAAGGAAACAGAGAAUUUCUUGUAGAAGUCCUCAUGCUCAGUUUGCUACAUCACCAAAACCUGGUUAAUUUGAUUGGUUACUGUGCUGACGGAGACCAGCGCCUUCUUGUUUAUGAAUAUAUGCCCUUCGGAUCAUUGGAAGAUCAUUUGCAUGAUCUACCUCCCGAUAAGGAGGCCUUGGACUGGAACACAAGGAUGAAAAUUGCCGCAGGUGCUGCCAAAGGACUGGAGUACCUUCACGACAAAGCUAAUCCACCAGUUAUUUAUCGAGAUUUUAAGUCAUCAAACAUUCUGUUGGACGAAGGUUUCCACCCAAAGCUGUCUGAUUUUGGCCUUGCUAAGUUGGGUCCUGUUGGUGACAAAUCACAUGUCUCUACACGUGUGAUGGGAACGUAUGGUUAUUGCGCACCAGAAUAUGCUAUGACAGGACAACUGACAGUCAAGUCCGAUGUGUAUAGCUUCGGAGUUGUCUUACUUGAGUUGAUUACUGGUCGUAGGGCUAUCGACAGCACCAGACCACACGGAGAACAAAACCUUGUCUCAUGGGCACGGCCUCUUUUUAAUGACAGAAGAAAGCUACCUAAAAUGGCUGACCCAAGGCUGGAAGGAAAAUAUCCCAUGCGUGGGCUUUACCAAGCGCUUGCGGUUGCUUCCAUGUGCAUUCAGUCGGAGGCUGCUUCCCGUCCACUCAUCGCUGAUGUUGUGACUGCUCUUUCCUACUUGGCAUCUCAAUCAUAUGAUCCUAAUGCGGCUCAUGCUUCAAGGAAGCCAGGUGGUGAUCAGAGAAACAGGUCUGGUGAGAAUGGCAGGGUGGUUUCCAGGAACGAUGAUACCAGCAGCUCCGGCCACAAGUCACCAGGCAAGGAAAGGGAGGUUUCCCCUCGGGACCUUCCAGGCAUCUUGAACAAGGAUUUCGACAGGGAGCGGAUGGUGGCCGAGGCGAAGAUGUGGGGUGAUAGGGAGCGCAUGGUAGCUGAGGCAAAGAUGUGGGGCGACCGGGAGCGCAUGGUGGCCGAGGCAAAAAUGUGGGGUGAGAAUUGGCGGGACAAGAGGCGCGCAAUCGAGAAUGGGCAGGGGAGCCUGGAUUCACCAACUGAGAACGGUUAGGUGCAGACAAGUUUUCGUCGGUCCACCUAUGCAUUUCUGUUUUCUUCGAAGUCAAUUUGCGUUCCGGCGGCAGGGGGGAGGGUUAGAUGUACAUUUCUAGGGAGGGGAAGAGAGGAAACGGCAGCUUUGUACUGGAUAGUGAAUGCAUGUGGCUGUACUUGUAAAUUCUCAGAAAAUUUUGUGAGAAUGAAGGACACUUCUGAGUUCC